UUCACUGGCAUCACGUAAGUGUUCCGAGCUGUACGGCUGUCCUUGUCAAGAUGUGGGGAACAUAUGCCACUUACUGAAGUCUGGAACACCUAACUGACACCAAAUCAGUUAAAAAAAACGGGACAUGGCGUCUAGGUUCCUCAGGUACUCAGUGCUUCUUCAGAAGUACCGGACUCCGCUGCUUAUUGCGAGCUGUGGCGGGGUCUUUGCAGCCAACUUGUUCUACCAUGUUUUCCCUCACGUGUCCUACCGUCCACUCUAUCAGGCCUGGUACAAAGGAGAGCCAGUCACGCUGUCUGAGAAGCUCGAGGAUGUUUUCCAGCAGGUGAUGAAGGAUUAUGGCAUCAGCUCACCAAAGAAUUUCUCUGCCUUCGCCUCCUUUGGGUUCCAUCCGGUUAGUGCUGGUGUCCCUUGGCUUCCUGCAGGGGCCCAAAUUGGCAUCCCAGCAAACUUUAACAGCACGCCCGAUGACCUGAGUGGAAUCACCAACCGCACCAUUUUCAUCAACGGCAAAACGGUGGACUGGAGCAGCGAUUCUGGCUCUGCUCUAAAGGAGGCGCUGGUGUUCUCCCAGGAGGCACAGAAAUUUGCCAUAGCACGAGAGGUGGCCCGCUUGCAGUCCGGAGGACCUGUUUUGAGUGCGGCUGUUGCCCCUCUCUGCCUGGGUGGGGUUUGGGUGUACAGUGUGGUGCUGAAGCAGGUGUUGGGGCUCCACGCCGGGCCUGUACUGUUUCGAGUGGUUGCGAACGCUGUGGCGCUGGGGCUCGGGGCCGUGUCCUACUUCCUCACCUCAGAUGCUGUCGGUCAGUGGCUUGACUUUAGUGCAGACCGCCAUGCAGCGGGGGUGUCCCGUGAUUAUGCCAAAGGAGGGGUAGAGUUUUAUGAUAAGAUCCUGUCCAGAAACAAGACCCUGCGCUCCCUGAUGGGACAGAAAGGAGAGGAAAUGUAUGCUCCCAGUGGGAACUUGUUUCCUGCUCACCUCCUGCAGCUGAAACACACACCGUACACAUUAAGAAGAGAUGGGAUCCUCACUCUGCUGGCAAAGGAGAAAGUCUGAAAAGAAAUACUGUGUUGAGAAUUAAGAUAGAGGUUGCAGGCCUCACCUGAACCUGUAAUGAUCUCCUGUAUGUUCUGACUAACUCUGAAUAGACUGUGGAAAAAAUAGCAGGGUGGGAGGGUUCCUGAAUUUUUUUAGCAACAAAAAACCCCAGCCCAAAUGAAUCAUCAAUUUGUCAUCUCACAUUGUUCAUAACUCAUUGUUAUUUUGUGCAGUAUUUUAUGAUGUGAGGAACAAUUCAAAUUACAAGACAGUCUUGUAAAGUGGAGUGUCUCCUGUUUUUUAUCCAGCAAAGAUUUAGAUGGUUUAUUCUGCACCAGGUGUACAAAUAAACAUUUCUGAAACCUGUGCUGAAAUAGAUGCUGUUAAAUAGACAUGGCUGAACGUUUUUUGUCAUGCAAAAUGAGCUGUCAUCGUAUUUUUCCUCUGGAUGUUACAGUUAGGUCCAGCUAGGACAAUAAAUGAUUCAUGAUUCCUGAUUCCUGGAAUGACCAGUGUUGCAAUACACUCAUUUUCACAGGUCUGUUCACCCACAUACCAAAAAACUUGUUUCCUUACAAUUAUUGGCACAUGCAAACAUGGUUUUGUUUAGUUUUGCUUUUUUUUGUGCCAAAAUUUGGCAUGUACAUUAUAAGAUUUCUGCUGCAAUCACAUUACAAUCAGGGCGAAUGGAAAUGUUUAAUGGUGUUUGAUCACAGCCCU